GCUGAAUAAUUGUGAGCUGACAGAGAAAAGCUGUUCAGUUCUAGCUACUGUUCUCUCCUCCAAAACCAUCCUGAAAGAGAUGAACCUGAACAACAGUCAUCUGCUGGAUUCAGGAGUCAAAGAGAUCUGUGAGGGACUGAAGAAUCCUGUGUGUGAGCUGAAGAUACUGAAUCUGUGUAGAUGCAGAAUUACAGAGGAACAGCGUCUCAUCCUGACUUCAGCUCUGAAAUCAAACCCAUCACACCUGAGAGAACUGGACCUGAGCAGGAAUAAACUAGGAGACUCUGGAGUGAAAAACCUCAGUGAUCUACUGAUGAACACACAAUUCAAGCUGGAGAAACUAGUUCUGUAUGAUUGCAGUAUUACAGAGGAACAGUGUCUCAUCCUGACUUCAGCUCUGAAAUCAAACCCAUCACACCUGAGAGAACUGAACCUGAGCAGGAAUAAACUAGGAGACUCUGGAGUGAAAAACCUCAGUGAUCUACUGAUGAACACACAAUUCAAGCUGGAGAAACUAGAUCUGUGGGAUUGCAGUAUUAUAGAGAAACAGUGUCUCAUCCUGACUUCAGCUCUGAAAUCAAACCCAUCACACCUGAGAGAACUGAACCUGAGAGGGAAUCAAAUAAGAAACACAGGAGUGAAUCACUUAUGUGACGUACUGAAGGAUUCACACUGUAAACUGGAGAGAUUGAGUCUUUCUUACUGUGGAAUUACAGAUGUUUCUUCUUUAACUCAGUCUUUGACAAACACAAAAGCACUGCAGUUUCUAAAAGAGCUUGAUCUGAGUAUCAAUAUGAUUGGAGACUCAAAGCAGCAGCUCAUUGAUGUGCUACGAGACUCAAACUGUAAACUGAGUGUAGAUACAGAUUUCUGGUAGUUCAACUGCAAGAAAUACCUGGAGUUCAAUCACCAAAAGAUGAUAAAUGCUGUAUAUCAUAAUGAAGUGGUCUUGAGAGGAGCAGUAAACAUCAGGUGAGGAUCCACAGAAGAGCUUCACUACUGUGUCUAUGAGGAGAAAGAAAUGUGUGAUAAAUGUGUGAAUGUGAUCCAUACAGGUGAAGAGACUCAGACUUUACAAUCAAAUAAUGCAGCAUGUGUGUUAGAAACAUGUGAUAUUGAAUGAUUAAUGUUGCUUUAGUAUUCAAGUGAUCAUUUUGUUUAAUUUAAAGCUGGAACAGAGGAGGAAGAAGCUCAGAUGAGUCUGUCUGGCUCUUCAGUUUAAUAAUAUUUGUAUUAAAAUCAUCCAUAAUGAUUCAGAUGUUUAAAUGUGAUUGUCAAGUGCAGCACUUUAAUGUUUAAAAAUGUAUAAAGCAAAUGUACGAUGUGAAAUUCCCAUGUUACUUAAAACAUUUUCAUGAUCUCUCUUAUAUUUUAUACACUUUGUUAUUCUAUUCAAUUUUAUACUAAUUUAGCUAUGUGUCUGUGUUGCUAAUAUACAGAUGCACAAUCACAAAUCCUCUCAUUACAACAAACAAAACAGAAACACAAUGUAAAUAAAAGAUGGAUUGUGCAGUUUUGACAGAUUAAUUGAUUAAAACAGGAGUUUUCACACACAGUGAGUUUGUGCUGAACUGACUGACAGCUUCAGUGAUUAUAAAUGCUGUGCCUUUUACUUGCUGUUUGUGUAAUUUGACACAAUUUAAAGAAAAGUUUUUUUUUUUUUUUUU